ACCCCCCCCCCUGAGUUGACCACACACCAGCCCCAUGUUGGAAGUAGACGCGGCCGCUCGCUGCUGACACAAAAGGACGAAGGACACAAUAGUGAGGGGGGUUUAAGAGCAACACGCCAGCACGUAAGAGGGACGGGCGAGCGCUGGUGAAGCGAGUGCGCUCGAGGAAUGUGACAGUUUUUUCGAAAAAUAUAUAAAUCGUCCAAUAAUUGUCUGCCCCCCCCCCCCCCCCAUCGCGGAGGGUAUCCGAUCCUAAACACACGCCGAGGCCGCCCCGCUUUAAUGGACGCUUGAAGUGAGCGGCCCGGAGGCGGGGUGGCACUGACUGGACAGUGGGGUUGUUGUGGCCCCGAACUCGCCCGCACCACAUCCCCUCCCACCACUCGGAUCGAGAGGCGGAGAGGACGCCGGCCGGCCGGUGGUGGGUGGGUGGGUGGAGGGCCGCCCGCUCGCUUGCUGCAACUCUCUCGCUUGUUACCGCCCGUCCUCAGUACGCGGGCUGCCGCUGAACGCCGCUCCAGCGAGGUGACCGGGCGCCGGGUUAAACUCGGUCGGAAGGGAUAUGUCCUCACCCACCGUCACCACACCAACCGAGAAAGUGGACGGGUUCACCCGCAAGUCCGUUCGGAAGGCCAAACAGAAGCGCUCGCAGGGCUCCUCGCAGUACAAGAUCCAGGGUAAAGCUGUCGACUUGAAUCCCCUGCCUCUUCUCAAAGACGUUUCUACAACUGAGAAGGUAGCACUCUUUCAGAAGAAAUUACAACAGUGUUGUGUUGUAUUUGAUUUCAUGGAUUCAUUAUCAGACCUUAAAAUGAAGGAGUACAAGCGCUCAACCCUUAGUGAAUUGGUGGACUUUGUUGCUGUGGGUCGAGGAAUAUUGACAGAACAGGCCUAUCCUGAAGUAGUUAAAAUGGUUUCUUUAAAUAUAUUUAGGACCCUUCCACCUUCAGAUACUUUGGAGUUUGAUCCAGAAGAAGACGAACCAACGCUGGAGGCAUCCUGGCCUCACUUGCAGCUUGUAUAUGAAUUCUUCAUUCGAUUUUUAGAAAGCCAAGAAUUCCAGCCCAGCAUUGCCAAAAAAUAUGUAGAUCAGAAAUUUAUAUUGCAGCUUUUGGAGCUAUUCAACAGUGAAGAUCCCCGGGAGCGAGACUUUCUGAAGACUGUCUUGCACAGAAUUUAUGGAAAGUUUCUUGGACUUAGGGCAUUUAUUCGAAAACAAAUUAACAAUAUUUUUCUACAAUUUGUUUAUGAAACAGAGCGUUUUAAUGGUGUAGCAGAGCUUCUGGAAAUAUUAGGAAGUAUUAUAAAUGGGUUUGCAUUGCCGCUCAAGGCUGAACACAAGCAAUUUUUGAUUAAGGUGUUGCUCCCUUUACAUACUGUGAAGAAUUUAUCACUUUUCCAUGCACAGUUGGCAUAUUGUAUUGUACAGUUUCUUGAAAAAGAUCCAUCAUUAACUGAAUCGGUCGUCAGGGGUUUACUAAAGUUUUGGCCAAAAACUUGCAGUCAAAAAGAGGUCAUGUUUCUUGGAGAAAUGGAAGAAAUCCUAGAUGUUAUCGAGCCUGCACAGUUUGUAAAAAUUCAGGAUCCGCUCUUCAAGCAAAUUUCCAAAUGUGUUUCCAGUCCCCAUUUCCAGGUGGCCGAGAGGGCACUCUAUUACUGGAACAAUGAAUACAUAAUGAGUUUGAUAGAAGAAAAUUCAGCUGCAAUCCUCCCCAUCAUAUUUCCCAGCCUCUAUAGAAUCUCCAAAGAACACUGGAACCCGGCAAUUGUAGCUUUAGUCUACAAUGUACUGAAGGCUUUUAUGGAAAUGAACGGUCCCUUGUUUGAUGAGCUGACAGCAACUUACAAAGCAGAUCGGCAAAAAGAAAAGAAAAAGGAAAAGGAACGGGAAGAACUUUGGAAAAAAUUGGGGGCUCUUGAAAUAAAGAAAGGUGUAAAAAAAGGGAUUUCAACUUAAAGAAGCAUGGUACUAAUAUUCCAUGGUGUAUAUUUAUGUAGUAAGAGAUGGAUCAAUGGUUUUCUGUACUGUGCUACUUUACAGUAGAUUUCACAUCUGUUUCAUUAUGAAUGACUGUUCUGUAACAGUACUGUAUAUAACUUUUCUCCUGUUUAAAUAGUAUGGCAAAAUGAGGGGCACCAGUACAAAACCUGUACCACAUAUGGAUGUCUGAGAGUUAUUCUGUAAAUGUAGUCAUUGUUUUAACUUUUUUUAAAGAAAAAAAACAUCCUUUUGCAUUGGCACAGAUACUCCAGGAAGAUUGCUAUUUCAAAAUCCCCAGAUGUCUGGCUAACCUCUGGUGGCAGACCGCAAGAAAAUAUUUUUUUUAGACUGAAGAUUGUGUUCUGCUUAUCUCUGUGACUUUGCUGCAUUUUAAUUUAUAGUUACAGGGAAGUUUUUCUUACAAGUUUGUGGAAGUUUUCUUUUUAAUUUGUUGGUUUUAAACCUUGUGGUGUUAAAAUACCUCUACACGCAGCAUACUAGCUGUGUAAAGGUUAAUGUUCAUGUGCAUUAAGAUGCUGUUCAUUUUUUAAAACUAGAAGUGUAUUAAAAUACACUUCCUACAGAUACAGUAUACUGUACAUUGAAGUAUCUGCUAAAGAUAUAUAAUUGUUUUGGUUGGAUGCAGAACUGAAUAAGCAAGAUGUCAACAGUAACCAACCAAAUUUUAAGAUGGCUAUAUCUUGUUCAUUGGAAUAUAAGCUACAUAUCCUUUUACCUGCUGUAUUUCACAUUUACACCAAACAUCAGUAAUUCAUUCAACUAGCUUUCUGUAUGAAAGUGUGCAUACUUCCCUAAUUCAUGAUUAGUGCAUAUUCUACUGCACUAUUCAUGGUACGUAUGAAAUUCCAUGCUUCAGUGUUGCGUGGCACAACACUGAAUUCUUUGGGUUUGUGUGUCUAACCACUUUAAGUGGAGUCAUUAAUACCAGAUGCAUCUUAACCUUUUUUCAAUCUAAUGAAGCAGUAAGGAAUUGAGCCAUAAUUUCUUAUGGCAUAAUGAGCACUGUGUUGAUCCGGUUGGAAUGUUACACUACCAGUGUUAUAUUGCUCCAUGUGUCACACCACUCUGAUAAAACUACUUUUUAAAUCCCACCAGGUGUGGGAAAGUGUACGGUAUAAAACUUUGUUUUAAAAAAUAACUUUUUUUGUAGUUUUUUUUUAAAUCCUACUGCAGUUCUGACAUACACAUCAUCUUGCACUGUUCUCAACCUACCAAGGAAACUCACCUCAGACUUUCAAAACAACAAGAAGAUAAGCAUUAAGUUUCACAGGGUUUUCCUCAGUCUUGCUCUUUUCGCUGCCCCUGUGAAAUCAGAUACCUGUGUUAAUAUGAUUUAUUUCAUCUUUGGAAAAAGAGCAAAGUGGGCCAAACGUGAUACUGCCUCAUCAAGCAAUAUAUGCUGUUGAAUAAUCACUCGUUGUUUCAAAACUUGAUGCAAAAUACUUGCACUCAAUUGGCACUGGUUACUGUACAAUAGAUAUACUUCAGAGCUGCACUUUUAACGGUGCAAAGGUAACCAGAAAAUUGAUGUGGGUGUGUUAGUUAUGGAUAUUUACUUUUUUGUUUGUGAUGCUCUGAAGCGAAAGAAAAAGAUCUUGAGCAGAAAUAAAGAGAUUUCAGGGAUACGUGGGGCAUGAAAGAAAUUAUUCAACUUUAUAAGGAAGUUGAGAUAUAAAUCUAGACUGAAGUGGGCUUCACAGUGCUUUUGAUGAGUAAUAAAUGGUGAAUGUGAUGAUGAACUCUAGUCUGUUAUAGUCAGUAGCCUCAUGUGUUUAAGCAAUCAAAGUGUUGUUGAGUGCACUUUGGUUGUAUGUGGUUUGAUACCAACAUAAAACAGUUACUGUAUUUCCUGACAGGUUACUGUAUUUCAUGACAGGUUACUGUGUGAAUGCCCUUGGGUCCAUAUUUGGAUCAAUACUGUAAAUAGGCUGUAAUCAGAAGCUCAUGUAUGACUGCAGAGUUUUAAAAUACAGAUCUUAUCAAUGAUUUUCUUGUGUUACCUUCUUUAUCAAAUAUAAAAAAGACAAUGUUACACAUUUAGGAUUCUUUGUAAGGAAAAUUUAAUUGCUUUUUUUCUUAUCCAUUUCUGGCAGUAUUAUUAAAAUCCUGCUGUGUGUAAGUUAUGUAUAGUGUUGCAUAAUUGUACAGUAAAGAGUCAAACACAUUCUGUAAAUUAUGUUCCUAAAACUGAGGUUAACCUUCCUGCUUUGUCAAAACUACUGAUUCAAAAAGUAUUUUAAACAAGGCGGCAUUGGAUUAAAUAUAAGAUAUUAAUACAAGAAUCAUUUAUGUUAAACUGCUCUCUCAUUUAGGAUCACCUGAAGCAUCAUACUGAUGUGAGAAGCUUUUUUUCUGUGUACCACUCAAUGACAGACGUGGGUUAGAUUAUUUUGAAGUCUAAUAUUGGAACACCAAUUGGUUUAUGUAGCUAUGUUAGUGUGUCUCGUACUUCUGUUCCUUGUCAGAGAAUUGGGAUUGAAACUAAUGCAAAAAAGCCAUCCACCUGUGUAGAAAACUGAACAAAGUAUGGUUCACCUCAGCUUUACUUUUUCAAAUAAAUGCUAAAGAACUUCUCCUCAAGGAAGUCUAAAUUACAUGAAGCACAGUUCAAUGAGCAAUAAUUUUGUGAAGUUACACUUCUGAAGCAAUUGUAUGGAACUAUCUGCACAUUGUAUAAAUAAUUUGAUAUUUAUCAAAAACGUACUUAUCUGAAGUAGCGUUGCAAAAUUUAAAAGAGUCAAAUUCAAAA